GAAAGAUUGCUUUCAGACACAGAAGAGAAGAAAGAGAAAGAAAGAGAGAGAAAGAGAGAAUCAGACAUAUUCAUACAAAAACUUUUAGAGAGAGAUUCAGAUAUAUACAUCCAAAGUUUUAUAGAGAGAGAUAGAUAUUGAUCGAAGAGAGAGAUAUAGAGGAGGGGGCAAAGGUGCAGCAUUUGGUCCCUGCAAUACUUGGCAAACUCUCCUUUAUUAAAGCGUCUCCGGUCUUCAUCUUGUCCCCCAUCCACCUUUUCCGGCAACUUUGUGUUUUUUAAUAUAGGUUUGUCUAUUGGUUUUUCUGUUUCCGGCGUGUUACGUCGGCUACCACCGCCGGUCAUCUGAUUUUAGGCGUUUUCUCCGAAGAGCAGUUUUCGCAGCUGGAAUAACAAGCCUGUAUAGUCAGUCAAACAUCUUUCGGAUUUGAUUGAUAGUAAACCUAAGCUCCGAUGGAUCUUUAGCGGUGGAACUCUCCGGACAUUAGUUAUAAGACUACGUCAGCCGGCGAUUUGAUUUCAACUAGCAAUGAAAACACCGGCAAACAGUUCCGGAUCCUCUUUAACUACGGCGAAUCCCGGCGAAGUUGGAGAGAAGAAUCGGUUAAUAAAUCCGGAGCUAUGGCAAGCCUGCGCCGGACCUCUGGUCAAUUUACCGGCGGCUGGGACCCACGUCGUCUAUUUCCCACAAGGCCACAGCGAACAGGUUGCUGCAUCUAUGAAGAAAGAUGUGGAUGCACAAAUUCCAAAUUAUCCAAAUCUUCAGUCAAAAUUGUUAUGCAUCCUUCAUAAUGUCACAUUGCAUGCUGAUACAGAAACAGAUGAAGUAUAUGCUCAAAUGACCCUACAGCCAGUUCCUUCAUUUGAUAAAGAAGCAUUAUUGAGGUCAGAUCUUUUAAUGAAAGCACACAAGCCACAAACUGAGUUUUUUUGUAAAACUUUAACAGCAAGUGAUACAAGUACUCAUGGAGGAUUUUCUGUUCCUCGUAGAGCAGCUGAAAAAAUCUUUCCACCUCUUGAUUUUUCAAUGCAACCACCUGCACAAGAACUUGUGGCCAGGGAUUUACAUGACAAUGUAUGGACAUUUCGUCAUAUCUAUCGUGGGCAACCGAAACGACACUUACUCACAACUGGUUGGAGUCUUUUUGUUAGUGGGAAGAGGCUUUUUGCAGGAGAUUCGGUCUUGUUUAUAAGGGAUGAAAAGCAACAGCUUUUAUUGGGUAUUAGAAGAGCUAACAGACAACCAGCCAAUUUAUCAUCCUCAGUUUUGUCAAGUGAUAGUAUGCAUAUUGGAAUCUUGGCUGCUGCUGCUCAUGCAGCUGCAAACAAUAGUCCUUUCACUGUUUUUUAUAAUCCAAGGGCAAGUCCGUCGGAAUUCGUGAUUCCGUUAGCCAAGUACUACAAAUCCGUCUGCAGUAAUCAAAUCUCUCUCGGAAUGCGAUUCCGGAUGAUGUUUGAAACAGAAGAGUCCGGAACAAGAAGAUAUAUGGGAACAAUUACAGGCAUCAGUGAUCUCGAUGGUGUUAGAUGGAAAAAUUCUCAAUGGUGUAACUUACAGGUUGGUUGGGAUGAAGCGACCGCAGGGGAAAGACGAAACCGGGUUUCCGUUUGGGAAAUCGAACCGGUUACCGCUCCGUUUUUCAUCUGCCCCACAACACCAUUUUAUCAACCGAAGCGCUCACGACAAGGGAUGUUAGGUGAUGAAUCAUUGGAUCUUGACAACAUAUACAAAAGAACAAUGCCAUGGAUUGGUGAAGAUAUGUCCAUGAAGGAUCCUGGAUUAAGCUUAGUUCAAUGGAUGAACAUGCAACAAAAUAACCAAAUCCAAGUCCAACCCAACUACUUAAACCCAUUAACAGGAUCUGUUCUCCAAAACUAUAAUGGACAAGAUCUUUCGCGACAGUUAGGUUUACAACAGUCGCAAAUACUCACUCAAAACAACCUACAAUUCAACCACCAAAAGCCACCACAACCCGCCCCCACCAUGAUGGUGCAGCCACCACAGUUCAUAGACCUCACCCAACAAACCACUAGACAAAAUCCAAUCAAUCAAACCCAAAUUCAGUCUCAAAAUGUUCUUCACCAACAAAACUUUCAACAGCAACAGAUGGCGGCGGCGGCAUCGGCGGCGGUGGUGGUGGUCAAUCAAAGUCAACAGAAAAACAACCAGUUUCCCGAUCAACAAAUUAGUCAAAAGAUGCCGGAAAAUCAGAUUCAACUUCUACAGAAGCUUCAUCAACAGCAACAAUCACUUUUAGCACAACAAGAUCAAAGCUUUCCGAGGUCGAUUCCAACCACCCAAAUGACCGAAAUACCCUCGCAAGCACCAAUAGCGUCACUACCUCAGCAAACAAUGAGAAAUAACAAUAACAAUAACAAUAGCAACGAACAUAAUUUCCGAUUUUCUCAUCUUUCUCAGCAAACAAAAGUCACAGGGCCAACGAAUCACCUCGCGACAAAUGGCAGCAGCUUAUUGACUGGAACCGGAACCGGAAUCGGAAUCAGUGAUGACAUUCCGUCGUGUUCCACAUCGCCUUCAACGAACAACUCCAUGGUGGUGCCGAUUAUGAACAGUGGUUCUGGAAUGAACACAAGUGGAUUGGAAAUGAUAUCAGGGAAUGGCAAUUUUGGUAAAUUUCAGCAAAAGCCAGAUGUGAAACCUUCAGUGGAGGUUUCCAAGGUUCAAAACCAAGGAUUUUUAGCUCCACAGACAUAUUUACACAAUCUUGGUGGACCCCAAAUGGAUUAUUUAGACAGUUCUUCAUCAGCAACUUCAGUUUGCCUUUCACAAAAUCAAAUAUCUUUCAGUUCUUCACAGGCAUUGCCAUUUAGAGAUACGAUUCAAGAUGGUGAAGUUCAAAAUGAUUCGAUACCAGAUAUCCCAUUUGGGGUGGAAAUGGCAUCCAUGAUUCCUGAGCCUUUGAUUACAAAAGGAAUGAAAGAUUUUCAAAAUACUAUAAGUUCAGGGGGAGGUGGUAUGAUUUCAAGCUAUGAAAACCCUGCGAAAGAUACUCAACCUGAGCUUUCUUCUUCCAUGGUUUCUCAGUCGUUUGGUGUUCCUGAUAUCACUUUUAACUCCAUUGAUUCGACUAUUAAUGAUGGCGGGUUAUUGAAUGGUGGUGUGUGGGCCCCACCUCCACAACCGUUUCAGAGAAUGCGGACGUAUACCAAGGUGUACAAGAGAGGAGCAGUUGGAAGGUCAAUUGAUAUUAGCGCAUAUUCAGGGUAUUAUGAUCUUAAACAAGACCUUGCUAGAAGAUUUGGUAUUGAAGGUCAACUAGAAGAUAGACAAAGAAUUGGGUGGAAACUUGUUUAUGUGGAUCAUGAGAAUGAUGUUCUCCUUGUUGGGGAUGAUCCUUGGGAAGAAUUUGUCAACUGUGUACGUUGCAUCAAGAUCUUAUCUCCUCAAGAAGUCCAACAAAUGAGCUUAGAUGGUGAUUUUGGCGGGAAUGGUGUUGUUCCAAAUCAAGCUUGCAGCAGUUCUGGUGGUGGAAAAAUGUAAACAAAAAAAAAAAAAAAAAAAAAAGAUUCCCAAGUUUUAACCUCUAGGUAAUUCUUCUUAAUUACUGUUAUUAUAUCAUUAGUCAGGAAGGGAUUGGGAGUUAUUUAGCCAUUUAUGGAUCCACAAUCUUGAGAGAAAUGGAAGUAGCAGGUGUUAGUUCCAGAAUAUCUGUUUCUAUUAGUACAGAAAAUGUCAUUAUCCAUUUGUACAAAUAAAUGCUUAGACUUGUUUCUUAUGAGUAUCUAGCUGUUGAAGCCUUUUAAUCACAGAAUUUCUUAAUGCUUAAAUUAACUCAGUUUUCUUGAUAA